UAUCCACCGGUUUUACGACUCGAAAGGAAAGCCCAAAAGGACUACAAGUUAGGCAACACUGGUAUCACACUAUAUGCCGGACAAGACAUUGAGAUACCGGUGUAUGGUAUCCAUCACUCGGAGGAGUUCUAUCCCAAUGCCAAUAAGUUUGACCCUGAUAGGUUUAUGCCAGACAAUAGGCAUAACUUAAUCCCCUACACAUACCUACCCUUUGGUACCGGUCCUCGAAAUUGCAUUGGAAUGCGAUUCGCGUUAAUGGAAGCGAAGUUAGGUUUGGCUCACAUUGUCAGGAGGUAUCGGUUUGUGAGGUCUAAACAGACAGCCGUUCCCCUGGAGUUCCGUACGAUUACCCCUUUAUGUGCCGCUAAGAUGGUUGUGGUCGGCCUUCACAAGAGAUAA